ACAAUCCACGCCCCCAAAUAUAUUACUGCUUUCUAGCAAAAUAUAUAUAAAAAUUUUGCCACAUCUCUAAUUUUGAAAAUGUACGAAUUUAAAAUGAAUUCAAUUUUACGUAGGAUGAACGUAUCAAACUGUUUGAUAAAAGUUCAAGGCCUGUUGUAAUCUGUGUAGUGCACUGAGUUUCAGAUGACACUCGUUAUCCUACCACACGCCACACUCUGACGGACACACACCUCAGAAAAGAGCCGAAUAAAUGAGUCACAACCACAACUCCCACAUCAAUAACAGUUGAAUCAAGAUGGCGUCCGAGGGCGAGUACGAGUCGAUUCUGUGCGUGAAACCAGAUGUCAACGUUUAUCGCAUCCCGCCGCGAGCUUCAAACCGCGCUUACAGGUAAAGACGUAACGCUCGGGCGUUAACGGCUCUGUGAAAUACGGUUGAACGAUGUUUGCUGUUUGUGUGUUAGUGAGUGUGUUUGUUCACUUUCACUGUUUUCCAUCAAAGCUCGCAUUGACAGGGACACCAGCUCCAUCCUUCAUGUCAGAAAAAGCGCAGGUGGACACUCGUGAACGGUUUAAAUUAAGCGGUUGAGACUGUUAAACGUUUUUGUUGUCACAGAUGUGACAGGAGGAUUUGUCAUCACGGCGGGGUCGAUUAUGGGCGAUUCGCCAGGAUAGUCCCACUCCCUCCCGUGACAGCUUGGAUGUCCUCUUUCCACAGAGAAACGGCUGAAUUAAGGAAUAGUCGCUUUCACUUCUGCUUUUGUUUGACAUUGUCUAAGAACUUAAGCCUGUAAGCGUAUUUGUUACCGUGGAGGGUGAUGGGACGAAGACAGAUCCCAAGAAACGAUGGAAAACCAUUCAUAAACCAUCCUGCAUAUUCAGGGGCGUGCUUAGGCAGUUUGAGGACCAGGGCUGAAAUAACCCACUGAGCAUUUUUGGUCUAAAAGAGGUCUAAUAGACGUCAAAAUGUAGCCUAGACAACUGCUCUAAAAUCAGGCUACCACAGGUCUAAAAAUGAAGGCUUUUUUUAGACGUCUAAAUUUAGACUAAGUUUAGACUAAAUCUAAAUCUGGGCUAUAUCUAUACUACACUGUAUACUGCUCAACGGCUAUCAUAAUUAUUUUGGUUAAGUACUUGGAGAUCAAUUUUGCAACUCACAGUUGCUUUUUGAAAUAAAUAGUUAUUGAAUAAUGGGUUAAAGUGCAAAGUCUAAAAGUAUACAGAAUCUAGAUGGUUGAAAUUAGGCCUAAGAAAAACUAGAUGUCUAAAAGCAGUCUAUUGCUCAGUGGGAAUGAUAGUCACGCAGUUUGACCCAUUCUUACACCACACGCUACACUUGACAUCUCUCACGCUUAUUUUUCCCCAUUCAAUACUCUGUAUUUUUUUUUUCAUGAUAGUAAACUUGGCUUGCCAUGGUUCGAGUAACUCUGAUUGACUGACCGAGAUAACCAAUCCCAGACCAAUCCGUCAGUCCUUCGACAUUUAAUACCCACUCGACAUAAAGCAAUAUUGACAAAUAAAUCUAUUUUGUCAAAAUUCUUGUUACAAUUUUCAUGUCUAAUUUCUGUUUAAUUAAAACUAGCAUUUGGGAAAGCAGCUGGCAUGGAGGUGAGGACAUCAGUCUUACGGUAUUUUGACGUUAAAAAAGACAAAAAAAAUGUUUGCUGCCAAUCACAUCACAACGCCUAAGUCUCACUCUUGUCAUUUUCUGAAACUUGGCAGCCCUGUGAUGAGUCCCCCUCCCCCCUGUAUUUUUAUAUUUUGAGCUUUAACUGUAGAAGAAAAUAAAUAUGCAUAUUCUUGCUAGUUUCUGAUGAUCAUAGCCCUCAAAAUCUUUCUAAAUUGUUGUAGAUUGUCAAAAGCAGAACGGCAGCAAUGUUUUGAGAAAAAAAAAAUCAGAGAUGGGUCAACCACUACCUGAUAAUACUGUAUAUUGAUAUUUGUUAAAAUAUUUUGUUGAUUUACAGGGCAGCAGACUGGAAGCUGGAUGCUCCAGACUGGUCCGGCCGUAUGAGGAUCACAGCGAAGGGCAAAGUGGCCUUUAUUAAACUAGAAGACAAGGUCUCAGGUGAGACUUCAUGUCUCAAUUGAUUUGUUUUUUUUUUACCAUUUGUAAUCAAUAUUUAUUUUAAGGCACAAAAAUACCUUUUAUAAUAUCUGAAAGUGUUUUUUAAUUUUACAGAUGAGCUUUCUAUUUAGCCAUCUACGUAGAAAUCCCUCCAUAUAGAAUGAGGAGCAUCGAAAGAGUAAAUAAUUAUAGAACAUUUUUAGAUAGUCUAAACCAUAAAAACAUUCAAUUUAUUUAUUUUUUUGUUUUUGCAUGUGACCAAAGGAUAGGCAGGAUAACACCCUUUCAAUGUCCCGCAUAAGAAAUUAAUGCAGAGGCUUGAUGCCAGAUUCAUCCAGUGAGAUGGCCCAACAUGAGCUAACCCCUAUGAAUUUCGAUCUUGUUGUUUUAACGUUACUGUGUUCUGCAGGGGAGCUAUUUGCCCAGGCGCCAGUCAAAGAGUACCCUGGUGUUUCAGUGGAAACAGUCAGCGACUCCAGCCGAUACUUUGUCCUGCGGAUACAGGACGAUAACGGUGAGAUUGUGAAUGUGGGGAAAAUGCUAAUCAAACUGCAGAUCAUUUCUUAAUCCCUGAUGUGAGUUGGUGUAAAAUCGUCUCUUUAGGUCGUAGUGCUUUUAUAGGAGUGGGUUUUGGAGACCGAGGGGACGCUUUCGACUUCAACGUUGCCUUACAGGACCAUUUCAAGUAAGUGCAGAUUAACUGCAGGAAGAUUCUUGCUGUCUUGAGGAUAUACAGUCCUGCUCUAACAGAAAGCUGCAUGCUGUCUUCUCUUCCUGGAAACUGCUGAGAUGCAUUGUUUAUUUCAGUACCAGUGCUGAUGGUGUGUGUGUUUGUGUUUCUGCCUCUCUGCAGAUGGGUGAAACAGGAGAACGAACUCAGUAAAAGCUCCCAGCUUGGAGAUUCGGGACCGAAACUAGACUUGGGUUUUAAAGAGGGACAGACCAUCACGCUCAACAUCGGAGUAAAAAACAGUUUUUUAUCUACCAUCUUAAUGACAUAUUUGGACAACUCUGUUUGCUUUAACUGGUCUAAAACUGAAAUAAUUGUACUCGAACAGUUGGUAGUUUUAUUCUGAUAAUUAAUCUCUUUUCUGUGCUUUUUCUCUAGCAAGGCAAAAAGAGGGAUAAGCCCCGCCCACAGAGCUCAGGUGGGUUUGGGCUCCUCCCACCACCACCUGGAGGCAAGAUAGCCCCUCCCCCUUUGUCAAGCUCCUCCAAUCACAACACAAUAUCCCAGACUGGUGGCACAGCAACAGGUGAGUUUCAGUAACAUCACUUACCACAUUUUAUAUAUAUAUAUAUAUAUAUAUAUAUAUAUAUAUAUAUAUAUAUAUAUAUAUACUUUGGAUAAGUUGCAAAAUUACAUUUUUUUCAAUUUUUGGAAAUAUUUAAUGCAUACAGUCAACAUUUUCCAGCUCAGCAUGUAUAUCCACCACCUAAUGGAUGGAUUCCUGGCUUAAAGUUUGUGCUUUUACACCAUUUUAAUGCAGUCAAAUUAAGUUUAAGGAAGCUGUCAGCUACCUUAAGAUUAAAUGGAGAUACUUUAGAGAUAAAAAAUGUAUUUUUAGUUGUGUCUUGGGAUUCACUUCAUGGAGGGAUACAGAUAUUUUUAUUCGAGCCAACCGAAUCAGCUUGUGUGUCAUUGUAUUUUCAUAGUAACCUACAACACUGACCCAUUUUUUCACCCCUGUGUUAAUUAGUUUCUUGUAAGUGAGUCAAACAUUUUGUAGCUCCGGGCUGCAGAAAAUAGAGUGAAAUGUGUGUCAGUCUGUUCGCUGCAGUUUCUAAUGUGUUUGCGUUUGUGCGACAGCCUGCCUGUUGGAGCUGGACAGUAGUAACUCGAACACUGUGGUUCAGUCAAACCCAAACUCUGACCUUUGGGGAGACUUCUCCGCUCCUGCAAGGUAGAUGAAUAACUUAUUUUGACAUAUAUUGACUUUAUUAAAACAGUUGGAGUGAGUAAGAGGACUAACAUUAACGUCUUUGUUUACAGCUCUGUUCCACCACAGUCGAGACCACAGGACAGCGGGAACUGGAUCCAGUUUUGAGUCUUCCUCGGCUGUUUUAAUGGUCAUGACCUUCAUCUCACCUGCAUUUGUGUCUGUAGCUUCCUGUGCCUCACACUGAGAUUAACUCCCACACACUGAUCCCAAAGCAGAGCUGUAGAAACACUCAGUAACACCAUUUCAUUCACAAAAAAUCAGAGUCCUUUCAAACGUAUUUAUAAAAGGAGACGCAGCGUAAAUCUGUUCGAGCCAUGACGUGAGUCUGAGAUUUAAGGGCUAUGUGUGGCAUCCUGAGUGAUUCCUCUGUUCUGUGUCUGCAUCGCCUCCCCAGCAGAUGGCUCUCUGGAGUCAGCUUUAGCUUCGAUCUGGCAUCAACUGUGACUGCAGCAGCAGCUCCACCUGCAGGCGCUGAUAGGUACUGCACCCCCAGGGAAGGUAUAAGAGUUUUCUAAAACCUGCUGUUAAUCAGGUGGGAAGAGAAUUAAUUAACUUUAGGAGUCAUAUCGAAGAAGAAAACCCCAAUAUUUUGUUAUGUAUACAAAAAUGUGCACCUAAGAGACUAUGUUUAUCAAUCAGCCUUAUUAUUACUGUAGAUUUAGAAGAAAAUUCUAACAAUCCUCCAAAUUACAGCAGCAGUCUGACCUACUUUUUUCUUUUGAGAGAGGUCACUAACACAUAAGAUUUGAUUUAUAAGAGUUUAUAUCAAAGGAGAGUAUGGCUUUUAAGACUGAAGGGGGUUCGAAUGACACUGUGAAUUAUCAGGUCGUACAGCCUUGUCCACACGUCCCAGAAUAUCCUGGUCUAAAUAUCUACUGAAGGUCUAAUGUGUGGUAUCAUUCCUUGAAAAAAUUGAUUAACAGACUUGAAAAUACUCAGAUUACUUGUGUUUAUGAAGUAACAACCCUCUGCUUUAACCGCCUCUAUCAUGCCAUGCACUGAUAUUUAUCAUUUUUGGAGUCGGGGAAUACCUCAGUCCGGAGGAUACACUGACACACCUUUAUGAGAGAUUUAAUGUUAAGCUUUCUGUUUACAUCUUUAUAAGGGAAGUAUUUAGAAAUGAACCUAAACUUCCCAGAAAGAGCUAGCAGUGCUUUUUGUGUCUGCAUAUUUACUUAAUGUCAAUAAAAAUAAGGCACUAAAAGAUGCUGAUGGCAUAUUAGUGCACCAAAUGAUAUCCUGCAAAAUACAGUUACACUGGAGGAAGAUGAAUAUAUGAACUUAAGUUUAACAGAGACGAAGGGUAUCCAGAGGUGAGACCUCAAACCUAAACCGCUCUAAAUUCUGAAGAAAUGAACUAACUUGACGCUGUUAUCUGUUUAGGUUUAUUUAAGACCGCACUAUGAACAAAAACGCUCCUUUACUGAACCCAUCUUUUGUUCGGUGAGAAAAACUGAUUGUCGCUCUUCAUCAGUGAAUGUCUUAACAGAUGCUAAUGACAUGUUAAUUUAUGUGCUGACUAUGAAUCUCUGCAGGACUUUGACUCAUAAUGUGUCACUCCUGACUGUGAAUAAUUUUGUUUGCAUCGUUUUUUUUAAGGAUUUCGGUGAUCAAAUCGUUAUUGAACUGACAUGAAAACAUGCUGUAGGGCUGGUUGGUACGACGCGUGUGUUGUGUUUACAUUGCUUGCAUUGCGUGCUGAAAUAUGAAAAUGUCUCAUUUCUCACUCAUUCCACUUUGGCUGUAAAAUCACUGGGCUAACACUUUUGAUCUAUGACCAGUUUAAUGAGAAAGAGGCAAUAAAUCCUUUUAAAGGAAUCAUGUGUUUGUGUUUUAUGUAUUAUACUUUUUUAAAAAACUUUAUUUGAUUUUAACCUAAAGGUGACCAUAUUCUGAAACCCCAAAAAGAGGACACAACUAUGUGGGGUGGAGUUGUGAUGUCGUACAUAAUUAAUUUUGAGAGUUUUUCGGGUCAGGUUAAGUGUUUGUAUGUGCUUCUAACUUAGGCUGUGUCUCAUUUCAGAGACCGCAUCGAGAUAAGCACGCUUAACGGCGCUUAGCUGAGUGCACUGCCUUUUUGUGCCGUUAUGUGCCGUUUUGCACCGUUAUGUACCCUUCCUGUGUCCCAUUUCAGAAAACCACUACAAUCCCCCCAAGUUCGAA